AUGAGCAACAGCUCGUGGAACAUCGGCGAAGUGAUCGCUCUCAGUCUGGGCGUGGUCCUCAUUUUCGCCCUCUGUUUCGGCUUUAGGAUAUGGUGGGGAAGGAGAAGGGACAAGAGAAGAAAGCAGCAAGAAAGGGAUGGUGUUAAUGUCGAGGCUCCGCAUGGUGAAACUUCACAUGAUGCUGGGAGCGAGGGACGUUACGACCGCCCAACAGUCGUUGAACUGGUUCCAGUCGAUACCAACGAUGGGGGUCAAAGCCACGAGCAAAAGGGAGGUAACAGUGGAGGACAACAAGGAGGCGGACUUGCUGAAGAACAUGUCGGAGGAGGACAUGGAGAAAGUGGGCACGGUAGUGGUGGUGGUGGUGGUAACGGAGGAGGAGGAGGAGGUAACGGCGGCGCAGGUGGUACUAGUUAG